UUAAAUUGAUAUUUCGUGCAGUUGUGCAUCCCGUGCAUCUCGUUAUAACGAAGGGAGGUCUGUGACGACGACCAUUUGCACGUUGUUUUGGGGGAGAGCACAUGCUGAAUUUCAAGCAGAUCUUCAUCACACCGAAUACCUGACCGGUUAUUUCCGGAGUACUCUUUCCACUAGCUGUUCGUCAUGGAGAAUGAAAACAGGAAUGCCCAAAAUGGUAUGCAGCUACCCAACCCGCACCUGGCACAAAUGACCGAUGACAACCUGUACCAUUUCGGUAUCUCUAGAACGUCACAUGAUCUACCUGCCUUAUUUGGGGAUGUCAAGUUCGUAUGUGUCGGGGGCUCUGCGCGUCGAAUGGAAAACUUUGCCCAUUACAUAGGUAAGGAGUUGGGUGUUGUAUCGGCGAAUGAAAGACUCCCAAACCUGGCCGGUAACAGUGACAGAUUUGUGCUGUACAAGGCUGGCCCCGUUCUCUCUGCAAAUCAUGGUAUCGGCGUGCCGUCCAUGUCAGUGGCCCUGCACGAGCUACUCAAGAUGCUUUUCUACGCUAGAAGUAGAGACGUCACCUUCAUCCGCAUCGGUACAUGCGGCGGAAUCGGAGUUCCCCCUGGCUCUGUGAUAGUCAGUAAUGCUGCAGUCAACGGGAAGAUGGAGCCCGCCUUCGAAACAGUGGUGUUGGCCAAGGGUAUCCACAGACCUAUAAUAGUGGACCAGGAACUGGCCAGCCAGAUAAGUUCCUGUUCAAGAACCGAAGACCCUUUCAAGGUUAUCUUGGGAAAGACGUACUGUACGGAUGAUUUCUUUGAAGGUCAGGCGCGGACACAUGGUGCUGUGUGUGACAUCAGCGAGGAGGACGAGCUCCAGUUCGUGAAGCAUCUCAACUCACAAGGCGUGAAGAACAUCGAGAUGGAGUCGGCGGGGUUCUUCGCUCUCUGCCAUAAGGCUGGCGUGAAAUGCAGCGUGGUGUGUGUGACCUUCAUCGACAGACUGUCCACGGAGGACGUAACCGCGGACGCCGAUGUGUUGAGUGAGUGGACUCAACGGCCUCAGGUUCUGGUAGCCCGGUUCAUCAAGAAGCGGCUUGUAAUUUCAGUGUAGUUUAAAUGCUACAAAAGAUGAGUCUGUCACGUGAUGUUUUACUGCAUCUAUCAUCAACUUCAACUUGCAGAAUAUAAAGUGAUUAUUGUAGAGCGACACCACGAUAUACUUUCAGGGAUAUCAACACAAAAACACGUUAUCACUAUUGCCACAUACUUAUAUACAGGUCCGUUUCAUCGCCCGCCACGGGGCACAUUUGAAUUUUGUUUGUUCAUGAAUAAUAUGGAAGUUAAUGUUAACUAUAAAAAAAAGUUCUAUAAAGCCUUAAGAGGACAUAGGCACCAGGGUAGCUUUAGAUAUAAUUUAAUGAAAUCAAAUGGACACGUCUUCACAAUUGGAAAAGAACUUAAUUUAAGCCAAAAGAUGACAAAAAUGUCACUUUCAUGCAUUUUUUGUCAUUUUCCUAAUUUGUGACACGUCCGACAACAAAAAUAGAAAUCUAAAAACAUGCCGCAAGGGACGUUACAGAGAGAAAAAAAUAUUUACGGCAUCAAUUUUCGAACACAGUCUUGACAAGUAUCUUAGAUAAGCAUGUAAACUUUCAUUCAUGUAACUUCAGUAGUUUCAGAGAAAACUUGUGCCUGUUUCAUGCAGUUUGCACGAAGUUGAAAAGCAUGGAGCAGGGGUCAUAACUCUGUCAAAAUUGAAUUUAAGACACAAGUUUUUGAAGCCAUUUAAGAUCGUGACCAGUAAGAUAACCAGUGUGUAAAAUAUCAGUUCUCUUACUUCUAUAGUUUUUUAGAAAAGUUGUUCCCAUUUAGAAACGGACGGGCAGACAAACUCCGCUCCUAUAUUCCCCGGGGGAUAAUUGGCACAAGCCCACUUGCCCAAGACAAAAAAGUUAACGAUACCCAGAGAGCAAUAUAAUUGCAAAUAUUAUGGGGCUUUUAUAUUAACGAAACCAUAUGUUUUUUUAUUAUUGUCAUGCUAUUAGACGUCGUCAUUCACUGAACAAAUAAUGUUAGGGUUACAUGUUAAAAUAAGGUCAGUUUGAGGCCCGUCGAUAUCACACUGGUGUAUGUUAUACUGAAUGCUGUUACACUGAGGUAUGUUACACUAAGGUGUGUUAUACUAAGGUAUGUUACACUGAGGUAUGUUACACUGAGGAGUGUUAUACUAAGGUAUGUUACACUGAGGUGUGUUAUACUAAGGGAUGUUACACUGAGGUGUGUUAUACUAAGGGAUGUUACACUGAGAUGUGUUACACUAAGGUAUGUUACACUAAGGUAUGUUACACUGAGGUGUGUUAUACUAAGGUAUGUUACACUCAGGUAUGUUACACUGAGGUGUGUUAUACUAGGGAUGUUACACUGAGGUGUGUUAUACUAAGGUAUGUUACACUAAGGUAUGUUACACUGAGGUGUGUUAUACUAAGGGAUGUUACACUGAGGUGUGUUAUACUAAGGUGUGUUACACUAAGAUAUGUUACGCUGAGGUGUGUUAUACUAAGGUGUGUUACACUGUGGUGUGUUAUGCUAAGGUAUGUUACACUGAGGUAUGUUACACUGUGGUGUGUUAUGCUAAGGUAUGCUACACUGAGGUGUGUUAUACUAAGGUAUGUUACACUGUGGUGUGUUAUACUUAGGUAUGUUACACUAAGGUAUGUUACACUGAGGUGUGUUAUACUAAGGGAUGUUACACUGUGGUGUGUUAUGCUAAGGUAUGUUACACUGAGGCAUGUUACACUGAGGUGUGUUAUGCUAAGGUAUGUUACACUGAGGUGUGUUAUACUAAGGUAUGUUACACUGAGGUAUGUUACACUGAGGUGUGUUAUACUAAGGUAUGUUACACUGAGGUGUGUUAUACUAAGGUAUGUUACACUGAGGUGUGUUAUACAAAGAUAUGUUACACUGAGAUGUGUUAUACUAAGGUAUGUUACACUGAGGUGUGUUAUACAAAGAUAUGUUACACUAAGGUAUGUUACACUGAGGUGUGUUAUACUAAGGUAUGUUACACUGAGGUGUGUUAUACAAAGAUAUGUUACACUAAGGUAUCUUACACUGAGGUGUGUUAUACUAAGGUAUGUUACACUGAGAUGUGUUAUGCUAAGGUAUGUUACACUGAGGUGUGUUACACUGAGAUGUGUUAUACUAAGGUAUGUUACACUGAGGUGUGUUAUACUAAGGUAUGUUACACUGAGGUGUGUUAUACAAAGAUAUGUUACACUAAGGGAUGUUACACUGAGGUGUGUUAUACUAAGGUAUGUUACACUGAGAUGUGUUAUGCUAAGGUAUGUUACACUGAGGUGUGUUAUACUAAGGUAUGUUACGCUAUGGUUUGUUACACUGUGGUGUUUUAUGCUAAGGUAUGUUACACUCAGGUGUGUUAUACUAAGUUAUGGUUUAUCAUCUGUCCUCAGAUAGUUUGUUUUGUCUUCAAUGUGAUAAUAUGAACAAAUAUCACAGAUAAAACUGAUGGACACAUAAAAAGCAGCUUCGUGAAAGGGAAUAAUUUUCCACGUUUCGUGUAUUAACAUAAGCUAGAAAAACGUCGUUCUGUGCCUCAAUUCAAAAUGCAUUCAUCCUUUUUCCUUAUCACCAUGACUGAAAGUCUCGCCAAUGAUGAAACCUGAAUUUCUUCAAGAAGUUUAAUUUCUAUUUUUAAUAUGUCUUCCACAGCAGCCAUAUUGAAACAAAUAUGUUGCCAUUACUCAGCCAUUCUUAUUCGAAAUGUAAUGAAAUUUGGUGUAUGUAUAGUUUCGCCUUUCGCAAUAGUUUCAAUUGUGACGCUGAUUAUUACGUUUGCACUUUACGGUGCUCUUAACUUCUCACAAAAUGCAUAUUUGGCCCAAUAUGAACUUUUACAUGAAUGUUCUUUCUAACGACACCAUAUCUUCUUCAAAUUCAUAAGGAUUUUAUUAUUAGGUUAUAUCUGCAGAAUAUUUUCAGAAUCAAAUUUCACAAACCUGGGUUAAAUGUCAUUUUCUGUCGCUUCUCUUUCUGUCUAUUAUCAUUGUUCCUGUUACUGUUGUCAUAGAAACAACUUAAUAUAUUAAACAAUAAAGUUGACUCUAAUA